CGGGACAUGCUCGUUGGGCUGCUCAAACUCAUUUGGCCCGCCGGUCGCACGGAUCUCAAACUCCGCGUUUUAGCUGCCCUUGGUCUCUUGGUCGGCUCCAAGGUUCUGAAUGUGCAAGUUCCCUUCUUCUUCAAAUAUGCCGUGGACAUCCUCAAUGACCCUGUCGCCACCAUGGCCUCUUUGCCUGUGGGGUUUGCCCUCCUCACCUCGGCCGGAGCCAUGCUGAUCGGCUACGGUAUUGCGCGCACGGGUGCCUCAAUGUUCAACGAGUUACGCAGUGCCGUUUUCGCCAAGGUAUCUCAAGCUGGCAUUCGCCACAUUGCCAAGAGAACCUUUCUUCAACUGCAUGGCUUGGAUCUCAAUUAUCAUCUCUCCCGCCAAACCGGUGCCUUAUCGCGCGCCAUUGAUCGAGGUUCACGGGGCAUUAAUUUUAUCCUCAAUUCGCUCGUCUUCAACGUGCUCCCCAUUAUUCUGGAGGUCUCCAUGGUGGCUGGACUGCUCGCCUACAACUGUGGCCCCGCCUUUGCGGCCGUGACAGUGGCCAGCAUUGGUGCCUACACCGCUUUCACCGUGGGCGUUACCCAGUGGCGCACGCGCUUUCGUAAGGAAAUGAACCAAGCCGAGAACGAGGGGGGCGCCAAAGCCAUUGACUCGCUCCUUAACUUUGAAACCGUCAAGUACUUUGGAAACGAAACCCAUGAAGCCGAACGUUACGACAAGGCGCUCAAGAAAUACGAGCAUGCCUCUCUCAAAACAGCCACGAGUUUGGCGCUGCUCAACUUUGGCCAAAAUGCAGUGCUCAGCAUGGGGCUCACAGCUGUCAUGCUCAUGUCAGCUCACCAAAUCCAAACAGGAGCGGUCAGCGUGGGUGAUCUCGUCAUGGUCAACGGCCUCUUGUUCCAGCUGGCCAUGCCUCUCAACUUCUUGGGCACCGUGUAUCGUGAGGUGAAGCAAUCCCUGAUUGACCUCAACACUCUUUUUGACAUCUUGGCCCUCAAACCCAAAAUAUCGAACUCGCCCAAGGCCAAGCCGUUGAUGUUACCCGAUUACAUUUUGAAGAAGGCACCCGCUAUCCAUGUGUCAGGCGAAGCUCCUGCUGUUGAGUUUGAAAACGUGGCCUUUGGUUACGACCAGCGGUCACCCAUCUUCAAGGAUGUGUCACUACGCAUUCCUUUUGGCCACAAGGCAGCGCUAGUGGGCCCCAGCGGAUCAGGGAAGAGCACAGUGUUGCGUUUGAUGUAUCGGUUCUACGAGCCCACCGACGGUGUCAUCCGCAUCAACGGCCAGGAUGUGCGCGAUGUUACUCUGGAGAGUUUGCGAAAAGCCAUCGGUGUGGUCCCCCAAGACUGUGUCCUAUUUAACGACACGAUUCGCUACAACAUUGGUUAUGGCAACCUCAAUGCUGACCAAGCCAUGGUGGAGGAAGCUGCCCGCGCGGCAGACAUUCAUAACAUCAUUCAACGGAUGCCCCACGGCUACGACACUCAAGUGGGCGAGCGCGGACUCAAGCUGUCCGGCGGUGAAAAGCAGCGAGUCGCCAUCGCGCGUACCGUGCUGAAGGAUGCCCCAAUUCUCCUCUAUGAUGAGGCAACAAGCUCUCUUGAUGCCAUUACCGAGGCCAAUAUUCUUGGUGCCGUGGAGAGCCUGGCAUCCGACCGCACCAUGCUGGCCGUGGCGCAUCGUCUCUCGACAAUUGUGCAUUCAGACAUCAUCUUUGUGUUGAUUGACGGACGUGUGGCCGAGUCUGGUUCGCACGAGGAGCUGCUGAAAGAUAGCAACUCAUACUAUGCCUACAUGUGGCACAACCAACAAAAGACACCAGCACGCCGUUCCAGCCAGAACAGCUCCUCCGCUACCACCAUUAUCACCGAAUAGGCAUCCUCCCGUCGCGCCAUACCCUGAUACCCUGAUCCCUGAUUCGGCGCAACCAUAUGCUGCUUUCACCUCGGACGCUCACUGCAGCCUUGGCGAGUUGCGGCAGCCUCGAAGCCCGUCUGUCAGGCCUGCUAGCCCCCGUUUCCAUCGUGCCGUGGCAAGAGAAGGAUGGCAUGGGUGCUGCCAUCUUGAAGUUGAAUGUUUCUGAUUCUAGGUUGAAAUCCGGGGUUGACCCGACGUGGAUGGAAUUGAUUUUGAGAG